AUGACAGACUUUGAAGCUGAUAGUGUUCCAGUUGUUAGUACUGCUGAGAAUAAGGAAAGCAAUGAUUUUGUCCCACCUUUGGAGAAUAAGGAAUGUGCACCUGAAGUUAUUGAAAUAGCUGAUGCUUCAGAAAAUAGUGAGAAUUCAGUAAUCCCAAGAAAGAGAAAGAGAGUUGUUUUAUCUGAUGCUGAAAGGGAUGAUGAAAAAGUUGUUGAAAAAGAUGAUAAAAAAGAUGAUAAGGCAGGUGAAGCACCUGAAGAAACACUAAUUGAAAAAGAUGAGGUUCACCCUAGGGGUUCUUCACCAAAACCUGCUAAUUCGUGUGGUAUUAAAUCAAAAGAAGUUUCACCAAAGCCUUCUAGCAUUAAAUCAAAAGAAGUCUCACCAAAGCCUUUUGGUAUCAAAUCAAAGAAAGUCUCACCAAAACCUUUUGGUAUCCCAAUCCGUUCAAGAAAUAGACCAUAUGAGAGAAGAAACCCAAUUAACCCUCCAGUUGGAAAAGCUAUUGGUCAAAAUGCUGGAAUUAGACCUAGACCUCCUCGUGGACUUCUAAUUUCUCAUAGACGCCCAAACCCUAAUCGUCCUCCAAUUGCUCAUAAAAACCCUACACCUCCUCGUGGACCUCCAAUUGCUCAUAGACCCCCAAUCCGUGAUGGUCCUCCAAUUUCUCAUGGUCCCUCAAUUUCUCAUGGUCCCCCAAUCCGUGAUGGUCCUCCAAUUCGUCAUGGUCCUCCAGCUCGUCAUGGUCCUCCAAUUCGUGAUGGUCCUCCAAUUCAUCAUGGUCCUCCAGCUCGUCAUGGUCCUCCAGUUCGUCAUGGUCCUCCAAUUCGUCAUGGUCCUUCAAUGUUCCAUGGACCACCAAUUUCUAAUGGACCACCAAUUUCUAAUAGACCACCAAUCAGAAAUCCAUUACAUCGAAGACCAAUGGAGAUUCCAGCUCGCCCAUCACGUUGUAUUCCUCAUGAGCCAUAUAGAGGAUUGCCAAUAAGUGAUGAUGAUGAUGAUUAUGGUCUCUUAGUUGAUUCUGAUAUCGAACUCGAUGAUGAACUUGAUUAUGACGAGGAAUUUCCUUAUGAAGAUGAGCUUGAAGAUUAUCUAGAUUAUGGAGAUGAUUCAUCAAUCGAUGAAGAUAGAGACCCUGAUGAUUUCAUUACAGAAUAUCCUGCAGGUGCAUUUGCUCCAAGUCCUGAAAAUGGUGAAGCUGAUUUAAUUCUUGGAAAUGAAUCAGAUGAUGAUGAAGAGUUAAGUAUGAAAGAUCAAGCAUACAAGUCUGCUUUGGAUAAUAUGAGACAUUCUAUGGAUUUAACUUCACUCGCAGCUGUUUCCCAAAUGAAUCUUGAAAAUUGUGAAGAUCGUGAUGGUAACCCUGGUGAAUCGACUGAUCGAUAUAAAUUACACGUUUUACCUAUUAGAAAACAGAAGUUUGAUAAUAAAUUAGAUGCUUUAAAAGCUAAAGCUCUUCAGAUGAUUGAUGAAAAAAAUCAAUUAUCAUCGAAAGGUCCUUUGGGAGAUGAUUCAUUGGAAGAACUCAGAUCAACACCUGUUAUCCAAGAUGAUGAUGAAAAGAGAUCUAAUUCUCCUGAAAUAUACAUUGGGAAUGAUCAUGAAAUUGAAACUGAAGGAGAGAAUCAAUCUCAAGUUCGAAUUGGAAUUGAAAAGGAAGGUCAAUCUCAAGGUCAAAUUGAAAAUGAAGAUCAAUCUCAAAUUCAAAGUGAAAUUGAUAGUGAUAGUGAAUAUCAACCUCAAAGUGAAAGUGAAAGUGAAAGUGAAAGUGAAAGUGAAAGUGAAAGUGAAAGUGAAAGUGAAAGUGAUAGUGAAAGUGAAAGUGAAAGUGAAGAAGAUGAAGUCUUGGAACCUUCACCAAAGAGACAAAAAACUUCAAAGUCUCGUGACUCCAGAAUUCAAGUUGUUAGAGUUAAUGAUGAAUUAAUCAAAUUCGAAGUUAAUGGGAAAUUAUCUAAGCCUGAAGCUUCUAUCAAACGGGAUUUGAUUAGUGGUGCUAUUGGUGUAGCAAUUGGUGGGAUUGCAACUUUUUUUGGGUUAGCAUUUUCAGGUACAGAAUGA